AUGGUCAAUAUCGGCGAUUCCGCACGUCUGGGCUGGGACGCCGACGAGGAUCCUAAAACGAAGGCGGCUGCCUUUGACAUGGCUGCUAAGCAGAUUUCCGCUGAGAAUAAGGGUGCCGAGCCUGUGGCAGCCCCCUAUGUGCCGCCUCAGACGGACGACAAGACCCCCUUCGAUAUGAAGGAGGCAUCCGACUAUUAUCUCACACCAAGAGCCCAGUAUCCCCGUGCAGCGAACAAGAUGCUGCUCCGCAGCUUCCCACUUGUGCUUUAUUUCGACGCCUUUCAGUUCGCUGAGCUCUAUCUAACCCAGCCAACUCUGCUGAUUGCCAGCAAAAAUGCAGGUUCUCUGUGGCAUACAGAAAAGCUCGAUAAGCAGAUUGGAGGUGCCACAAAGAAGCUUAUCGUUCCAAAUGCAGCUCAUAUGGACUUUUAUGAUGGGCUGAGUAUGUUGAGCUGGCCGUGAAGAAUGUGGUGGAUUUAUGUCUGAGCAAUUGUAAGGGCGUGUGCCCCGUGAAGCCUGCUAGUGUUAUAAGGACUACAAAGAUGAAAUACGCGUUAUUUUUG